GUGACUUCCGGGGAACAAAAAUAGUGACGGACCAAUAUGGCGGCGCCCCUUAACAGCACUUCGUGUACAGUCUUCGAUGAAACGACUUUCGUGUGAUAAUGUUUCAUGUGGAGGGUCACCACAAUUUCCCGUGUCAGUGAUUGUACAUCAGUACAUCAACAAGCAACCGGCUUACAUUAAUUUUGGGCCGCUGCAACGUACGCUUGAGCAAUGUGGGGUGAAAUUACCGAACCUCGGGUCAAAAUACAACCCACGCCGUCCGAUAAAUGUGUAAAGGAGGACCAAUGCACAGUACCGCAGGACCUCGUGAUACUGCCCCGUGUUCCCCAUAUAGAUUAUCCAGAACCACCGCAAGAUUCCCAGGUGUUCCAAGAUGUCCCCGCUGAAGUCAACGCCUUGUUGGAGGCUGUAGUUGCAAGUGGAAGCCAAGUGAAGAGUCAGCAGAUAGGAGAUGCUGAGCUGACAACCGAGGAACGUACAAAGGAGCUACUGCAACAGUACAGGAGCAAACCACUGGUCUUCUUGGAGCGCUACCACAAAUGCUUGAAGCCCGAGCAUCUGUCAGCUUUUUCCCAUGUCAGCGCUGACCCACGAGCCUGGCACUACAGCGAAGUGAUCCAGAGGCAAGCAGCAGGAAGCGCCCACAAGACGAGAGUUCGAAACCAGCGCUACGCUGCACUCAGGGCCCUGCAGAAAGAGGGCCUCUAUUUCAGUGAAGGACAAAUGCGAACGAGGGAGCCACUGCUGUAUGAACAAUAUAUAGGACAGUACCUAACUGAUGAUGAGGUGAUAGAGCGCUCCCAAGAGGCCAUGCUGGGUGAUGCACAGCAAGGAGGGGCGGUACCAGAGGGAGCCGCGGGAGGGCUGUCGCACCUCCUCCUCAACUCCUACCAGGAGCGGCUUAUCCAGUGUCGUCUGCAGGAGGAACAGGAUAGAGAGGAGGGUACACGGGAGGAGGAGGACGAGGAGGAGGAGGAAGAAGAUGAAGGCAAGAGACGCUUGUUGAGCUUUUGUUAGAAGACGAGAAACGCAUAGUGGGGACAACGCUUACAGUUUGAUAUUACUGAGGUGAUUUUUUUUUCUCUCAUUCCCAACGAAGAAGACGCAGUCCAGGAGAAUACUUGGGAGCCAACCUCUGAGGAGAAAGCGCUUCUUCGGGAGGAGUUCAUCAGUCAGAUGCACCAACGCUUCCUCGAUGGCAAAGACACGGACUUCAACUACAGUGAGGUGGACGAGAACCCAGACUAUGACAACCUUGACAUCGUCAACAGAGAUGCAGAGGAAAAGUACUUUGAUGAAGACGAUGAGGAAGAAGAUGACGAAAUUAUGACAGAAUAGACACCACAGGGGACAAUCAAUCUUUAAAGUGACGUGGUGUAAUUGUGAUCUGUGGCGCACGACGCUGAUACUUUGUAAUAAAUACCGUGUCUGGAAUAUA